GACUUGCGCCAUCUGCGGUAGCGAAACAAAAGGUGAAGAAAAUAAAACUUCUUUACAGUUUUUGUCACUCGAAUAAAAUCUGGAUUACAGUGAUUAUUCCACCCUUUUUUAGAACUGGAAACUUUCAACGUGCAAAACUCACCUACAGAUUUUUUAAAAAGGAAAAUGACGGACGACGAGAGAGCAGGAUGGGAGCCCACCCCAAAGAAACAAAAGACGUCCAUGACCUCUCCGAAGAAUGACCUUUACCAGCAACGAUGUAGUUUGCCCAUCUACCCGGCCAGGGGCAAGCUUAUCACAGAGAUCCGCAAGGCUGCUAGUGUUGUCGUGCUGGGGGAGACAGGGAGUGGGAAAACAACACAGAUUCCUCAGUACCUUUUGGAGGCCGGAAUGACCAAAGCUGGCAUGAUAGCUGUAACCCAGCCUCGUCGUGUUGCAGCCAUUUCUAUUUCAACUCGAGUUGCUGAUGAGAUGGGUUGUGAACUUGGUACGCAGGUGGGCUAUUGCGUCCGCUUUGACGAUGCUACCUCGGAACAAACUAAGAUUAAGUACAUGACCGAUGGUAUGCUGCUGAGAGAAGCCAUCUUAGAUCCAAAAUUAUCCAGGUAUAGCAUUGUAGUAUUGGAUGAAGCCCAUGAGAGAACUGUUCACACGGAUGUCUUGUUUGGGGUCGUGAAAGCAGCUCAGCAGCAAAGAGUCAAUGGAAACAGACCACUCAAGAUUGUAGUGAUGUCCGCUACGAUGGAUGUUGAUCAUUUUUCAGAGUAUUUCAACAAUGCUCCUGUCCUCUACCUUCAAGGCAGACAACACCCUAUAGAGUUGAUGUACUCCAGUUCGCCUCAACCAGACUAUUUAUUCUCAACGUUGGUCACCAUCUUUCAAAUUCACCAGGAACAACCAGCUGCAGAAGACAUGCUUGUAUUUCUGACCGGCCAAGAAGAGAUUGAGAGCGUUGCUAGGUCAGUGAGGGAAGUAGCACUAGAUCUCCCUCAGGGUGUUCCUGGUCUUGUAGCCCUUCCAAUGUAUGCAUCCUUGCCUCCCGGUCAGCAGCUGAGAGUCUUUCAACCCGCCCCGGCUGGCAAGAGGAAAAUAAUUUUAGCGACAAACAUCGCUGAGACAUCGGUUACCAUCCCGGGUAUUAAGCAUGUCAUUGACACAGGCAGGGUCAAAGCUAAGAGCUACCAGGCAGGGACUGGUCUAGAUCUGUUGAAGGUGCAGUGGGUAUCUCAAGCCCAGGCCUGGCAGAGGACUGGUCGAGCUGGUAGAGAGGACAGUGGGACAUGCUGGAGAAUGUACACAGAAGAUGAAUUUACGAAGCUCAACGCCAACACUAUUCCUGAAAUACAACGGAGUAACUUAGCGAAUGUUGUUCUCCAGAUCAUGGCUCUGGGCAUCAAGAAUGUGCUGACCUUUGACUUCAUGGACCCCCCUCCAAGAGAGGCUCUUGACGCUGCAUUGAAACAUUUGGAGCUCUUGGGAGCAGUGAACAGAGAGAGAAAUUUACAGCUAACUCCCAUUGGCAAGGAGAUGUCCUCGUAUCCAUUAGAUCCACCCAUGUCGAAGGUCAUCAUAAGUGCAAAGGACUAUGGGUGUUUAGAAGAGAUCCUGACAAUUGUUUCUGUGCUCUCAGUGGAAUCAGUCCUUCACAGUCCAAUGAUCAAGAGAGAGAAAGCAUUAGCAGCAUGGAAGAAGUUUUAUUGCAGUGAAGGGGACCAUGUGACCUUACUCUCCAUCUUCCGAGCGUACAAAGCUGUCAAGAACAAGAAGGAGUGGUGUAAAGUGAACUUCAUCAAUCAUCGUAAUGUGAAGCACGCGAUAGAUGUCCGCAAGCAGCUGAGAGAGCUGUGCGUCCGAGCCAACCUUCAACUUCAGUCAUGUGGACAUGACUUUACUCAAAUAAGAAAAUGUUUGACCCAAGGCUUGUUUAUGAAUUCAGCAGAGCUUCAGUGUGACGGAUCCUACCUGACGUUGGAUAGAAAACAGACUGUAGCAAUCCACCCCUCAUCCUGUCUCUUCCAAUGCAAGCCAUCCUACCUCUUAUACAGUGAACUGGUCCAUACAUCAAAGUGUUACAUGAGGAAUGUAUGCGUGGUGGACGCCGACUGGCUUUACGAGACGGCACCAGCAUUCUUCAGGCAGAGAUACGGUAAAAAGAGAUGACACGAGUCCUAUUAAAGAGACAAGAAUGCUCCAAACGAUACAUCAGGGAUGUGCGUGUCUUCAACGUCGACUGGCUUUAUGAGACGGCUCCAGCAUUCUUCAGAGAGAGAUACAUGGUGAUAAGAGCUACAUGUAUCUGAAAGAGACGAGAAGAACAAUCCGAAAGAUACAUCAGGAAUGUUGCAUCUUGGACGUGGACUGGCUUUACGAGAUGGUUCUGGCACUCUUCAGAGGUACGGAAAGAAGAGAUGAUAAAGAGUCCAAUGUCAGAGACAAGAAUGAUCCAAGCAAUACAUUGUGAAUUAACUUGUAUGUGUGAUGGUAGCUGACUGGCUUUACGAGACGGCUCUGGCGUUCUUCAGAGGACAAGAGCUUGACGAAAGAAAAAAGAACGCUUCUAAAGAUGCAUCAGAAAUGUAUGUGUUUUGGAUGCUGACUGGCUUAUUGAGACAGCUUUAAGAGCUAUAUGAAAUAGGCUCUUUUGACAGAGGGUGCAAAAUUCAUGCUUGAACUCAGUGUAGUAAUACUUCAAAAAAUUGUUUUUUUAUCUUGGUACAACAAUUAUGUCUUGAGCAGAUCAUGGAAAUUUAUAAGGGUGGAGAAAAAUGAGGGUUAUAUUUAUUUGGUUAUGCGAAAAAGAUAGAGUUCAAAUCACUCUGAAGUAAUCACAAAGUAAACAGUCAAACUUUUUAAUCAUGUCAUUUUUUUAUUGCACUUGUAUCUACAGACAUUAUGUACAAAGUAUAGAAAUUCAGAUAUGGUACAAACAUUUUUUUUUUGACAUGAAAAGUUGAGAUACCAGUCUCUGUGUAUCAAAGUGGUGUGUACAAUGCAAUGUGUAAAAACCAGACGGAGACAAGAAUUGACAUUAGUGUUUGUCUACAAACAGAUCUUUCUUGAACUGAUUGUUACCAUGAUAUAUUGGGAGGGGGGACACACUAUAAUUUAGGCAGAAGUUGUUGCUAUACAUAAAUAUUUGGUAUGAUGUGGCAAGACUGCAAACAUCGGGCAAAGCCUAUAUAGGUCUUGCAUUCAAUGACUCCCUGCAUGCUUUCCCACAUUACUAAAGCAAGACGCGAGUGUAGGUGAUGGCUGCUGGUUAGUAGAUGUCAAAGAUAGUCCAAAAUAAUAUGUUAAUAUUCAUUUUGCUAUAUAUCGGGAUGGUACAUACUAGUAAUACCGGGUAUUUUCAUUAAGAAACUUGAUUUGCAUAAAUCCAGUAGGUCAAAACUUUACAUACACCAACUGCUUUGAAGUAUGAUUAAUUAGUUUAGCCAUAGAUGCAUACCUGGAAUUAAAUCACAUUUCAUGGUUUCCUUGGGCACCCUUUUAAAUGACUUUCCGUCAUUUGUGCAUGUUUCAGGUCCAGGCUACUCCUUGACCAUCAUGCUUAUGAAUACCACUAACCUGCUUUACCAAAGCAGUUCAUGCAGUAGAGCUUAGUCAAAGCACUAGACCGAUAAAUAGGUCUAUUUCUGUCAGGCUCCGCAGCAUUCCCUCUGUCAAUAGACCAAGAUGGCCAUUGGCUCGUAAUGGUGGAGCAAACAACCACAGCAGAGUCUAUGGUGAAAGGGUGCACCCUCUUCAAUUACUCCUAAAUUUAGCUUUUUUGGUAAAAAGAAAUAAUAAAUUUAUAUCAAAUACAAUCAGCUUGCCACCUUUCCGAAAAUAAUUUCAGGCAAGUUGGUAAGCUGAUCUUAUUUGAUAUAAAUUUUUCUUUAUUCUUCCUUUUCCCCCGUCAAAAAGCAAAAUUUUGGAGUAAUUGAGGAGGGUGCAAAAGCGCACCCACUCUCCAUUGACGCUGUAGUUAAGUAGCGGUUGUUUGCUCCAAUAAGUCAUUCGUUUGUGUAGGACAAAAAAAAAUCAGAAAAUGUUCAAAAAUUUCCUCCGAAACAGCCGACCAAAACAAUUAUCUUAAUAUAUAGUUAGCCCUGUGGAUAACAUCAUUACGAUUUGGAAUUGGAACUUCGAUAGUCCUACCACUAAGAUUUUUAUCACAUAUAGUUACAAAUAAACAUGGCCAUGCACCUGGAUCAUGGUGUUACUAAAUUCAAGCAAGAAAAUUGAGAAGAAAUUUCCGGCAUGCAUCAGUAUUGGUUGGGUCUAUCAACAAGUCAAUGAUUCAAGAUAAUUUUGCAAAUGUAAAACAAAAAAAAGAUUGAUUAAAUUUUGAUGUAGUAGUAAACACUAUGCAGCAAACCCAGUAAUAUUUGGGUUAAUCUAAUUAAUCCUUGAAAGGUCUGUGUCAUUCUGUCAAAUGUACUGGAAAAUGAAUUGUAAUAAAUUUGGUGCCAAAUACCUUAGUAAUCUUGUGAAAAUAAACUCUGUUAUUCAAAUACAGUUUAAACCAAGCACCACCCCCCCCCCCCCCCCCCCGAUUGUUGACAUAUCUGACGAAUAGUAAUUAUUAGAAAAAAAAGCAAUAUGUUUCCUGUAGUAACAAAAACAUAACUAAAGUAUCUACAGAAUGAAUUUUUCGUACAAAAAUAAAGUUUCUUUUUCAAUGGCUAAACAAAAAAAUGCUGGAAGGCAAUGGUACUGCCUUUUUACUGAGUAUACAGUAAGUACAAUUAAAGCAGCCAUUCCCUUUUAUGAUGGGUAUGAAAUAUUUCAAUGCGAAUUUUCCCUUGAUAGUGUGAUUUAGAACUGAACAGUUCAAUUCUAAGUUGUGUGUAUUAUAAAAGCCAUUACCACAUUAGUCAACUCAUCCUUCAAGUGUCUUGCAACGCCCCAUAUGAGGACCUGCACUACUGCGUAUUCAUAAGUUUGCAUGUUACAUAUCAUGUGCCCAUUGGCAUUUAAGCACAACACUAAGUCACAUUUUACUCUUUGUGAAACGUCCCCCAGUAAAUCAAUGAACACAACGCAAGACAUACAAAUCAUAAUGAUAAGUAGGAAAGUGCACACAGAGUACAUAACUUUCUACAGUGCAGUUCGGAUAGACCAGGGGAGCGUUUCAUCAACAUUUUUGUCCGAUACAUUGUCAGAUCUGACAUCUUUCCUGGAUUCUGAUUGGCUGAGAGGCACUGCUACUAUGGUAACUGUCUGAUAAAAUGUCUGACAACUCCUUUCAUGAAACGCUCCCCAGAUGCUAUACAGCUCACAAAUAUCUGUUACAUAUGAGGUAUUUAUCAAGAAUUGUCUCUCAUUCGGGUCUGUACAAUUUACUAUACCCAGAUACAUAAUGGGUGAUUUCAAGUCCGGUGUCGGCCUUGGUGUUGAAAUUUGGAUUGCUUCCCCUAGCUCCAAAACUUAUUCAGUUUGUAAAACUGAUCCUGAUCACAUUAUUGACAUCUCAACAACUAGUGAGUGACUUUUCCGGACCAUCUUCACUUCAAGUUUGGUGUUAUAAUCAUGUAAAAUUUGACCCAACACCAAAUGGUCAACACUGAAUUGGAAAUCACCCAAUGGCUUUCUUGUAUCUCAGUCAACAUAACAAGGCAUUUUGUUAAAGGUGUCAUUUUCCCACCCAGGUCGAGGAGUGACAAAAUGUGAAAUAAACUAUGUCCAUUGCUCUGGAAUUUUUUAUCAUCUAAGAUUGACGUAAACUAAGCAAAUGGUGAUUGAUAUGACAUCAGGUACGUCAAGGCUGGAAGUUUCGAGUCACAAGGCCACUGGUGAAAACCUCCCUGAAGAGACUUUGACCCAGGCCGAGGCAGAGGCCAAGGAUGGCAAAAUGUUGGCUCAAGGCCAGCCUUGACUAUACAUCCCUACUUCACAUAUUCAAGGGACUAGAACAUAUUCUUAAACUACUAUAAAUAUCGAUCCCCUGAAAUACAGAUCAACUUGCACAAGUUGAAUAUUCACCCAAAUUGAAGCAAUCUUUUUUUAGAACAAAUUACCCAAAAGAAUUGAUUUAGGCAAAGUUACCUGCACUAUCAAACUACAAUUCCUAUACAGUUUCUUCUUUUUUUUCUAAAUGGUAUAAAUGUUUGAAAUGGUCCCAAGUUUGCCUCACUUCCCUCAGAUGAAUCUACAUUGAAUGCAGCAUAACUUUAUACAUACGAGUGUUCACACACAUUGAAACAUCAUAUUACAUCGAUAAAACGUGAUUUGGGCUGUACAAAAUAUUACACUGGUUUGGUUUGCUUGGCUUCCAUUGCAUAUGAUCUGUGUAAAUCCAUGUGAAAAAUGUGUUCACACUUAACAAAGGCAAUUCUUUGAGUUGAUGUAGUGCGGUGAUUGCUCAUUUACAUGUAUUAUUUUCUGAUUCAUUAUAUGAAAUCUGAUUCAGUAAGUGAAAUAAGAAGUGUAAAUAAAUAUGCUACUAAACAUAUACUACAUAAGAUGCAGUAAAGGAUCCUUGCCCUUACAAGAUGUUGGUUCUAAAGAUUCAAAUCGAUCAUAAACCAUCUUAGAAACUUGCAUCUCAUUUUGGGUUUGUUCAAUAAUGCCUUAACUAUAGAUUGUCAAAAAAUUUAACUGGAAUAAAACAAAAUCCUUUCUUUAA